UUUUGUCUCUGUACAUCAGUGGUGUUUCGACCCUGAUGACAAAAGCUGUCGACACUGUGUGGAGCUGGACUUGAGAUCUGUGGUUUUUAAAUGUGUAUGGUUAUAUUUGCUCCGAUUUUUGCCAUCUGUGCUUUUGCAACAUGUGGAGGAUACUAUGGUCAUCUCCAGGUUAAAGUGGACUGUUCCAACAGGAGGCAGAGUAACCUCAGCAUCGACAUUAAUUUUGGUUAUCCUUUCAGACUAAAAGAAGUCCAUUUCAAGGCUCCCUUGUGUGAGACAAAGACCGAAGAGAUCCUUUUCCUGGACGGAGACUUUUCCUCAGCUGCUCAGUUUUUCCUGACCGUUGGUGUUUUUGCAUUCCUGUACUCUCUGCUGGCAACCAUCGUCUAUGUCUUUUAUCAGAACAAGUACCUGAAAAACAACAGAGGCCCGCUUGUGGAUUUUGUCGUUACGGUCAUCUUCUCCUUGAUGUGGCUGGUCAGCAGUUGCUGUUGGGCCAAAACUCUUUCUGAUAUCAAGACGGUCACAAACCCAACACAGGUGCUUUUGCUCAUCUCAUCCUGCAGAGCUCAGCAGAAUAAAUGUAUGGCCACCCAAGAGCCUCUCUGGUCACAACUUAAUACAUCUGCAGUUUUUGGUUUUGUAAACGUCGUCCUCUGGGUUGGAAAUAUUUGGUUUGUCUUCAAAGAGACAGGCUGGUACAAGACAGGUCAAAGAUAUCCAACCAGGACUGCUUCUUCAAAACGCAGCAGUGAAAUGCGACAGCGGCUGUACAGUGAGAGCAGCUUUGAACUGCCGGAGGAGGGUUUUGGUCCUCAACCUUCCAGACAAGACAGUUUUAAUCAGCAGGUCAACAGACAAGGUAGCUUCAACCAGUCACAAGUAAGCUUGAGCUUACCGCAAGCAUAUCUUGGCAAACCAGUAACUUAUGACAGGGACAGUAAAGUGUCUUCUCAAGGGCCGAUUAUAUUUGUCAACAAGAUAUGAUGUUGCUCUUGGUACAGACCGAAUCCCCGUGAAGUCGCGCCAACAAAACAAUCCCUUCAGGGUAGACAAGUUGAUUUGCUUUAUAAUAACCAUCACUAAGGAAUUCAACAUUAGUUAAACUAAAGUAAUAGUUAUUUUACUGUUAAGAAGUAAUUAAAUUAUAAUUAACAAUGUUUACUAAUUACAAGUAACGUUGUCAUUUAUGUUGUUUUAAGUUGAUUGUUGAUAUGUUAUAUUAAGUAUAUGUUAAUGAUCACCAAAUGAUCUUUGAAUCUUUAAUAAAUAUUAUUUGGAUUGUUGUUAUAAAAUUGCAUGAAAGGAUCACAAUACCUUGUUAUUGAAUGAAUGUUACUUGAAGCUUCCUACCACUAAUCAAUAACUAUUUGCAAUAAACAUCAUUGGCAACUUUAUAAUAGUCAUCCAAAUAAUGUGUAUAGAUGGUUUACAGAUCAAAUAUUAACCAUUAACAAAGUGUUAACUAUCUAUUAGGGCUGUCAAUAGAUUA